GAUAAACACCGCGGAGCUGUGAGGGUGUGAGGAUCGCGUUCCUGCUGUCUGGACAUUUUCCUGUCCUACAGAGACGUAACUGUGUGAAAUAUGAUUUGGAGAGGAAGAUCAACAUACAGGCCGAGACCAAGUAGAACUAUACCACCUCCUGAGCUGAUUGGGCCUAUGCUGGAGCCUAAUAAUGAGGAGCCUCAGCAAGAGGAACCACCGGCUGAAAGUCGGAAUCCUACACCUGGUCAGGAGAGAGAAGAUCAGGGUGCAGCUGAGAUUCAAGUGCGUGACCUGGAAGCUGAUCUCCAGAAACUGUCUCAGUCAAAGACUGGGGGUGAAUGCGGAGAUGGUCCUGAUGUCCAGGGGAAGAUUCUGCCAAAAUCAGAGGAAUUUAAAAUGCUAGAAGGAGAUGACAGGCAACCACAGUCUUAAACGAAGACAAGCUGCAACAACAAAAACCGUUUUUAUAUAAGAUAUUUGACUUAAAAAUAUCUAAAUAAACUUUUGCAGCUUUCUCCAAA